CAGCAUUACGAGAAGGAGAAUUUUCAUUUAUUUGUCCAGUAUGUAAACCAUACUUAAAUUUCUAAGUUUCGAGAUCGAAUAUUCUGAAAUAAGGUGCGUUUCCCUGGUCGAAAGUCGAUUGUGGAAUAUCGCUUUCGCAGCAAACGUCAAAGUUAAAACAAUCCUUUCGUGUUUCUGCUUUUUGGAGAAAAAGUGACAUUUUCAAACUAAUUCUGCUUCGGGGGAAGGAAAAACGGUUUUGUUUGUUACCUUAGCUUUCGCAGUGCCGACAAUUGUCGCUGCAAUUAUUUCACGGCGUCGUCACAGCUUCAAUACGUGCCCAUGCAAUGUUAGUAGGCUCUCCCUCUCGCGAAGUAUUACGUUAUUUUUUUAGUGGCCACCACUUCAAUGUUGUGAUUAUUUUCGCGUCUGAUUAAUCGUAUCGUAGACGAGUAAAGGCGUGAUACGCGAUCACAUCAUGUUUUGGGCGAAUAAUCACGUGUCAUCGCCUCAUAUCGAGGCACUGCUCAAUAAGGAGGGUAUUACAUUGCACGAGUUGAUGGAUGAAGAAGAUAUUUUGCAAGAAUGUAGAAGCCAAAAUAAAAAACUUGUCGACUAUUUAAUAAGACCCGAUGUAAUGGAAGAAUUGAUAAUGCUUACAACUAAAGAACCAUCAGCAGAUAUAGAGGAACGUUGGCGUUACAAAUAUCCAAAUGUAGCUUGCGAACUAUUAACUUGCGAUGUCCCAACAUUAAAUGAGAAAUUAGCAGGGGAUGAAACACUUCUGGCUAAACUUUAUUCCUUUAUCGAUACGGACCAGCCAUUAAAUCCUUUGUUGGCAUCAUUUUUUAGUAAGACUAUUGGAGUACUUGUUGCUCGUAAAACCGAUCAGAACUGGUAUUCGUAUCAGUUCACUUGUUUACAGGUAAUAGAAUUUUUAAAAAGUCGUCAAACAUGCGUCGAUUUACUUUUACAACAUUUGGAAACCUUUGCAAUUAUGGAUUUAAUACUGAAACUUGUCACUCAGGUUGAAGGCAAUGAUAUGCGACAAAAUAUAUUAAAUUGGUUAGAUAGUCAACAGUUAGUGCAAAGACUGGUGAAGUUGUUAUCACCUAAUUCUGAAUCGAGUAAACAUGCAAAUGCUGCACAACUACUUUGUGAUAUGAUUACCGAAACAAGAGAAAAUCAACGUACAUCCACAAAACAAACUGAUUCAGAUCCUAUUUUAAAGACUCUUGAAUCAGCAGACACUGUGAGCCUGUUGUUAGAAACCAUCUUAACUGGAGAAAAACUAGAGAGUAGUAUUGUUGGAGGAAUUCAAGUACUUCUAACACUUUUAGGCCAAAAAGCUAACAAUGCGUUAAACGAGGGAGAUGUUCAAGGCAAUGGUAUCGGAGACGAGGUUACAGACAAUGAACAGCGUAUAAAAAUUUCAAACGCGACCCUGCGUUAUCUAGAACAACUUCACAAACUUUUAUUAGACCCACCCUAUAAACCUCCCGUUAAAACAACUGCUGGAAUGUUAGAGUGCCCAUUAGGGAAUACGCGUAUACAUGUAGCAAAGUUAUUCACAGCACUAAUGACAACAGAAAAUGUAAAAAUUUAUGAGACCUUAGUAGAAUUAGGAACAUUCCAAACACUACUGGAUUUAUUUUUUACAUACACAUGGAAUAAUUUCCUACAUACUCAAGUACAGUUGUGCCUGGCUUUAGCUGUUAAUUGUGAUUUUAAGGAUACAAAUGACAUUAUUUAUGCUAAUAUAUUUAUCAAGUGCAAAUUAAUAGAUCGAAUUUUAGAAGCAUGGGACAAAAAUGAUAGUAAACAGAAUAUGGAAAAUGGAAUCAGGCAGGGAUACAUGGGUCAUUUGAUAAAUAUUGCAAAUAACAUUGUUAACCAACGUAAGAAAAGCGAAGAUUUAGAUUACUUUUUAAAGGCUAACUUAUCACCCGAGUGUCUUAAUAAAUGGAAAAACCUUGUGAAUACGCAAUUGGCAAAGAUUAAUAAAACUCAUCAAAUUCUUUUGUGUGGACAAACCCAGUCAUUCAUAAAUAAUUCCAGCGAAAAUCCAGACGAUUAUAAUUCUUAUCCUCAAGAAGAAUUCCUUGAAGUUCAUCGUGUUGAACAAUAUUACGCUAGUUACCUGAAACAGCAUAUAAAACAGCCAGAUUGUAUUGGAAAUUUUGGAUUCUACGACGAUGAAUUCAAUCAAAGUAAAGGUGAUCUACAUUACUCAGUUGACCAAUUAACAACGAUGGCCUUUACUCUCAGUGAAAAAGAUCAUGAAGAGAGAGAAGAUAUGUUCACUAAGAUAUGUCAAGAGAAACAAAACGUCGGCUUGGAAGACUGUAGCGCAGGAGCGGAGUGGGGCGACGAAGGUGAACUUACUUUUCAAACUGUGGUAGAUAAACAAGACUGGUCCACAAAACAACAACAUAAUGAUUCCAAUUCGUUCGACGAGGAUGACGAAGCAUGGGAUUCAACUGAACCGUUAUCCACCGGUAAUACACUUCCGGAGGUGAAUCCAUGGGACAGUGCACCAUCAGAAACAGUUGAACCUACUGGUUGGGCAAAUUUUGAUAAUUUUGAAAACAUUCUCAGUGUAGAGAAUACUGUGAUAGUAGAUAACAAAUUGUGUGAUGAAAUUAAAAAAGGGCCACCGGACACAUCGGCGGAUCUAAAUAAAACGGAAGCUGUAGUGGGAAGUAAAGUAACGGCGGAAGCCAUCGGAGCAGAUGAUGUCAAAGUCGAAGAUUCUGUCGAUAGUACUUCUUCGCACACUGAAACGAAUAUAAAUCAUAAAAGUAUCGAGGAUAGUCUAUUUUCUGUUUGUACUGCUGAUAGAAAUGCAAAUCCAAGCGAAAAUUUAAACGCCAGAGAAAUCACGUGUGGAGAGAACAUAAUAAAUACAGAGCUUGCAACUACUGUGGUACAAAAUGAAAAAUCCUCGAACGAUAACAAAAUCUCAUGCAGUUUAAACAAUGCAUCAUCGGAAGCUGUAUUGUCACCACCAGAUGCCAAAUGAAAUGCUAUUUCUUGAAUACGGCAUUGCAAUAGAACAAUGGAAAUCAUAUCAGUAUAAAUUUGUACGAAUGAUCAGAGUAUAUAUUACGUCCCUAUAUUUUCAUUAGAUCACAUUAAUUGUGCUUCAUUGCAUUGGCGUCUGAGCAACUACAACUUACAGUAAAGUAUAAAUACGGAAUGAAAAGUAAAAAAAAAAAAAACUCAUCGACGCUCAACUAUGUUUAGUGUAUUACUUGAUGUAUUUGCGUACGUUCUCAGACCGCCAACGUUUUGAUUGUAGGUAUUACAUCUACGUGAAAUACAAUUUUCCAGACAUUCUCGAUGAACAUUCUUACGAAGGGUUUUCUUUAAAUUAUUUGUACGUACUUGAUAUGAAAAUCUGACGGUCACAAAUAUUUUCUGUUGCGUGUUCGACGUUUAGCACGAUAAAGUAGACAAAAGUAUAAUUUGUACAAAGACAGAGCCAAUAGUAGUUGCGAUUGAUCGAACUUUCCCCCAAUCAUUCGAUACUUGGUUUUACAGAAGUAUUACAUACCGUUAUAUACAUGUAAUGUUUUAAAUUAUAUCGAUACGAGGCUCCUUAAAGAAAAAUCACCGUAAAUAAUGAUGUUUCAUAAAUAACUGGUGCUUUUGCUUCUUCGUUCGAUAAGGCAAAGGUACUUAUAUGCAGUGCCUAUCGUUUAAUUAAAUGUAUGCUCGUGCAACGAUGCAAUACAAACAAGAAAGGAAAAUUAUGUAUUUUUAUUACGUUGAUGAUAAUAUUCAGCCAAUGUAUACACACGUAAUGUAAUCGAAGUAUUUCAAUGAAUAACUUUAUUUGCAUUCCAGUAAGAAAAUUCUAUAAGAGUAAAAAAUAACAUUAAUAGUCUUUCAAAAUGAUCUUCCAAAAAGAUAUAGUAUUAAAUUGCAGGGUUCCGAACUUAAUGUGGUGUAUGCUUUGGUUAAUAUGUGUAUAGUUUUUUAAAAGGGAGUUUUACGAAUUAAGUUCCUUGGUUAUUCGAAAAAUUUUGUUUGCCUUAAGAGUUUUUGCUAUAGUAAUGUGUUUAUAGUACCGUACACGAAAUAUUGUACAUAAUUAAUAAAUACAAGCAGUGUUCAAAAUUCAAA